AUGGCGGCCACGCUAAAGGAAUUACCCGUCAAGAUGACCAUGCCACGCAGGACAGCCGAAUUAACAAUGACCGGACUGGACGAAUCGGUCACCCCGGAGGAGGUGGCGGCCAGUGUUGCCGAGGCCGGGGGCUGCCGCGCCGACGAGGUCAGUGUGGGACCCAUACGCUAUGCUCCUCGGGGCCACGGGUCGGUGUGGCUACGCUGCCCGCUGACAGCGGCCAGGAAAAUCAACAGAGGAGGGGACGCCCGAUCGGGAGGCAAGAUCAAUAUAGGUUGGUCAACGGCGAGGGCUACCCCUCUGCCGGCGCGUCAGCUCCAGUGCUUCAGCUGCAUGGAGCCGGGUCACGUGCGCAGGGACUGCAAGUCGGUGGUCGCCCUGUCGGGGCGCUGCUAUCGAUGCGGGGCAGAAGGACAUCGCGCCAGGGACUGCUCGGCGCGAGCACCUAGAUGUCCGGUGUGCACGGACCUGGGAUUGCAAGCAUCAUGUAGCAUGGGGUCGCCGGCAUGCAAACCGGCGUUCCGUAAGAAGAGGGCCUCACAGGGGGCAAAGACCGUUCCAAGCGCUGGCGGGGAGGCGGCAACGAGGAAGGAAACGACGCUGCAGCCUAUUGGCCCCGGGAAGGCCAGAAAAGAGGAUGGAGAAGUCGGAUGCACUGAACGCGAGGGGAACGGCCCGGAGGAGGCUAUUGAAACGGAGCCUUCCCCUACGUAA